GGCUGAUGUGAUUAGGUCCUAUGAUGAUGUCACUUGUAUAGAUAUGUGGACACAGUUGGCAUCAGGCUUUGUUGCAAGGAUAGGUUCCUGGGUCAGUGUUUUUGUUCAGUGAUGUGUGGUUGCUGGUGAGUAUUUGCUUCAGGUUGGGGGGUUGUCUGUAAGCGAAGACAGGUCUGUAUCCCAAGAUCUGUGAGAGUGAGGGAUCAUCUUUCAGGAUAGGUUGUAGAUCUUUGAUGAUGCGCUGGAGAGGUGUUAGUUGGGGGCUGAAGGUGACAGCUAGUGGUGUUAUUUUCUUUGUUGGGCCUGUCUUGUAGGAGGUGACUUCUGGGUACUCGUCUGGCUCUGUCAAUCUGUUUUUUCACUUCAGCAAGUGGGUAUUGUAGUUUUAAGAAUGCUUGAUAGAAAUCUUGUAGGUGCUUGUCUCUGAGGGAUUGGAGCAAAUGUGGUUGUAUCUUAGAGCUUGGCUGUAGACAAUUGAUCGUGUGGUGUGUCCUGGAUGGAAGCUGGAGGCAUGUAGAUUGAAAAAGAUCGGUUGGAUUACAAAUUUUGUUCAAAGAAAAAUUAUCCUAAUGAAAAAUGGAGAGCCAUCCAGAAUUCAUGUAGUGGAAUAACCAUAAAGGGAAAUGGUAUCAGAUGAACAAGAAAACAUCUUAUCUUACAAUGGAGAAGUCCUCAUUUUUCAGCUGUCAAAAGCAAAAUGUGCGGCUGAAAAAACAACAAGAUUACAUGUCAACAGAAUGGCAUAUGACAGUGGCACUAAGCUGUUUGUUCAAAAAUCCUCAGGACUGUUCAGCAUGCAUGGUGGGAGCUUGAAUAUUGAAAUUGUUCGUUGCAGCUGUACAGCAGACUUCAGAACAGGAAUUAAUCUCCCCUGUAUUUUGAUGAAAAAGAAAAAAAAUAGUGUUUUCAAAUACUUUUUAUUGUUGCUUCACAGCUCCAACAAAUUUGAACAGUACUUAAAUUUUAAAUUGGACUAUGAAUUGAAAAAUGAUAUAAGGUUGCUUAAUGGUCCAACAGUAUUAUGGAGACAUGCCAAAAAACUCUUUUAUGUCUCUACCAAAACUUGCACAGUGCUAAGUGCUUCUGUUCAGUUUUCUUCCAUUGAAUGGGCGGAUGAGAUUGAGAAUGAAGGCAUCGUAGUAUUAGGGACGAGAACUGCUUGUUUGCCAGAAGAAAAAGAUGGGCAAACACUUUCGUUAUCAGAUGGAGCCAUCUGGGGUAGUGAGUUUGUUGUAUAUGCAAUUGAAAAUCAGAAAGUAUUAACUGGCACCUGUUUUCUGCCUCAUGCCUAUAGCAGUGUGAUAUCUUGUGUGCAUGUCUGCAGGACUGCGAUAUCAAGAAGCCAAUUCAGAACAUCAGUUGUUGCCAUCACCCACAAAAAACAGUUGAUUUGGUUCCAAGAUGGUCUUCCUAAAGGUAUCUGCCAGCUUCCAUAUGAGGAGCCCUGUUCAAUACAAGUAGCAACAACAAGCAGAAAUGACGUGCUAUAUGUUGUGUCAUUUGCUUCUGGAAAUGUCUGUGCUGUGCAGAGAGACAGCUUUCAGGUUGCUUCCAGAUGGCAAGAAGUGACGUCUGUUCUGGUAGAUGACUUUAUUGGCACUGGGACUGAACAAAUUUUAUUGCUUUUUAAGAACGAAUCCAAUACAGAUAGUUUAAGUACAUUCAUUAUAACAGAUUUGGGAGAAGUCAGCUAUGAAAGCAACAUCAAUUGUAAAGAGGAUUUUCCUCCUACGGAAGAACUACAAGAGAAUGGUUUUCUUACCAUCCAAGCUCUCGAAGCAAGAUUACAGGCUGGUUACACUUCUGUUCGGGAACUACAGCAGCAUUUACGGCUCAAGGAGAAGGUUCUUUUUGAAUCUUGCUGCGCAUUAAUAGAUCUUGUCCAAGAGCGAGAGCAUAUCCUACCAACUGCAGAAGAGGAAGGUCUUGUUUCGCUCUGGGAUGAUACAGAAAAUCUUCAUCCUCUUGAUAAAAAGAUGACAUUGACAUCUGAGGUCCCAGAAUAUCUCAUAGAGAAAUUAUGGCAACGUGUGGUGGAUGACAGUUUGGUAAUUGGAGUAAAAAUAACAGAAUCACCUAACUUGUCACUGAAUGAUGUCAGCUUAUCCCUGGUAAUGGAGCAUGACUUCACUUCAGAUUCUCCAGUUAUUGAGUGUCAGAGUAAAAUAGUUAAACUGAAUAAGACUUUCUCAGCAUUGUCUAUCUCCUCAUGCCAAAUGGAACCACAACCAAAAAGGAUAAAAUUGGACUUCCAUAGUGAGAAUGAUCUGAAAAAAGAGUACCCUCGAAGAUCUUCUAAAAUUCCGUCAGAUGGAGCAAAGACAUUUGUUGCUGUUACCCGCCUUUCACCGCUGCUGGCUUUCCGAGAUAUAUGUUGUAUUAUACUACUGCAUGCUAAGAGGAGAAAAUAUCAAGAUGGCAACCUGCAGGAAAGCAGACAGCUGACUUUACUAUGUGGGAAAAUUUCAUUAUGCCUGGAAGAUAUUUCAAGUGGAAAAUAUUCCGUAAACUUGCUAAGAAAUAAUAGUCAUUGUACAGGCAUCAUGGAAGAUAUAUUUGCUAUUCUUGCAAUAUCUCUCAAAUUCUCCUUUCAGAUAGUCUCAUCUGACUGCACACUGACUCCAGUGAACAUGUGGCUACUGUCACAAAUGGAGUGUAUGCCAAUCAAGGAAUGCCCUGAAAAUAUGUUUUGUCAUAAAUUGGGAAGUCUGCAUGGCACUAUCUUUAACUGGAAUCUACAAACUCCAUUUGAAGGAACUUUAACAUUGUUUUGCAGAAAUCAAACUGUCUUGUUCCAGUGCCUUCAUAGCCUCCUUGGAGUUCUCCCACCAACCUGCAAAGUAAAACCCCUGAGGUUAGAAAGCAAGGACAUCCUUACUGACCAGUUUGCACUAGCUUUGGAAAAGGAAAUGGUCACCCUUCGGAGUUCUUUCUCCUCUGCAGUAAGUGAAGUUGAAAACAACUUGACAUUGAGCUGUGAGGCAGACAAGAAAAUGAGCAGGUUGACAGUGUCAUCUUUGGCUGACAAAAAGGAAGCAGUGCGGCAGCUCAGAGAGGAGCUUCAAAACGAACAGAAGCAAAGUGCAUUGGGUAUGAACCGAACAGUGAGCGGUGCCCUUUACAGACAAAUUAGUUUGGAAAUUAUUGAGGCUCAACUGUGUUCUGAUAUGAUUGCAUGGAGACUGAACAUUUCAUAAUGACUCCUCUGAAAAUUUAUUUUGAAUACAAUUUUAUUUAAAUGACACUAUCAAGCACUAUUUAUAUUUUGUUUUUACUUUCUAUAUGUAACUCCUUUUUAGAAGAUGUAGAAUAAAACUUUUUUC